AAUGCUUUUACAUCUAACAAAAGUAGGUAUAAACACAUAUUAUAGUUGCGCAUGCGUUGGAGAUGCCCAUAAUAGUUCUAUUGUAUCCCUUAUUGUAUAGUACAGUUCAAAAUACGCUUUAUUUAUGCUGUGUUUAUGUUUCACUUUAUGACACCGCAACAUGAAAAAAAUUGAUGAAUCUUUAAAUCCUGUUGACGUUACUAGAAUAUGUAGAAUUUGUUUAGAACAAAAAAAUGAUACAAUAUCAAUAUUUACCUACUUAACAUUUAAUGAACUUGAAAUUGUUAAAUCUAAACAAAUAACAGCAUUUGAUAUAUUCAAUAUAUUAUGUUUAUAUAAGCUUGAAACAGAUGUUGCUCUCCCAAUUUUGAUUUGCAAUGAAUGUACAGAACUAUUGAAAAUGGCAUAUUUAUUCAAAAUGAAAUAUGAUCAUUCUAAUGAAGUUUUAAGCCAAUAUAUUCAGUCUUGCCAUGAUGGAAGAAAAUAUAUAGUAGUUGUUGAUAAAACUAAUAAAGAUCUCAAAUUUGAAGUUAUAUCUGAAGAUUUUCAACCUUUGAGCACUUCAGAAGGAUUGAAGGAAGAUGAUGUAGAAUUAAAAAAUGGAUUAAUUUCAAUUGAAAAACAAGUGCAUGAACAGGAAUUAGUGCAAGAAACAUCUGUUAAUAUUAAAGAUCAUACCAAAAAAAGAAAACCAGUCAAAUCAUCUGAACCUGAAAAUCAAUCAUUUGAUAACAACCUUCAUAAUCAAACACAUAAAUGUGAAAAAUGUAAUAAAGUUUAUAAGAAAAAGUACCAUUUAAACAACCACAGGUUGAAAUGUGAAAAUGACAGUGUAACUUGUCCAUCAGACAAUGAAUUAAAACUAAAACCUAACUCAGAACAAGUUCAUUACAAAUGUGAUAAAUGUGAUAGAAUCUUCAAGAAAAUAAAUCAUUUGAAUACACACAAAGUGAAACAUUUGAAAGAAUAUCCUUACAAAUGUGAACAUUGUGACAAAGGAUUUGUAAUAGAGAAAAAUUACAAGUGUCACAUAUUAACUCAUUCCAAUUCUGAAUUACCACAUGCAUGCAGUUAUUGCAAUAAAAGAUUUUCCAAUCCUGAACAUUUAAACCGGCACAAAUUAAUUCACACUGAAAAUGUGUCAUAUUCAGUGAAAUACAAAGUUCGUAAGUGCAGCAAAUGUUUGUGUUCUUUUAAAGAUAAAGAACGUUUUGACAAGCAUAUGUGCAAACCUGUUGACAACAUAAACCCCAUAUAUGAAUGUAAAACCUGUAAAAAGAUAUUUAAACAUUCCAGUGCAUUAAGCAAACAUAAUAAAUACACACACAAUCCAAAAAUGACCAAGGUAUUGUGUUCAGAAUGUGGUGUGUAUGUUACAAAUAUAUAUUUACACUUAAUGAGACACUCAGGUGAAAAACCACAUACUUGUGAUAGAUGUGGAAAAGCAUUUUUGACAAAAACUCAACUGAAUCAACAUUUAUUGGUGCAUUCUGGUUUGAAACCUUUUGUAUGUAUUGUUUGUGGGAAAGCAUUCAAUAAUUCCUACAACUUACAAGUACAUGAAAGAAUUCACAAAGGCGACAGAUGCCAUGUUUGUGAUAUAUGCAAAAAAGGCUUUCUGGAAAAAUCUUAUUUGAGGCGACAUAUGAAUGUACAUAAAAAUAUUCAAUAAAUUGUUAAAAUGUA